GGUGACAUGACGAUCAUAAAAWGUUGGSUUAUGYGAYUUGUCUCAUUAUGUUUUCGAAUCAAGCGUGCCAGAAACACAAAGAAAAAAUACCGGUGAAAAAGAAACUCUCCCAAAUGGCUAAUUACAAAGCUGUUACCGUCACGAGAAAUGUUUACUGAUGUACACGAUAACACGCGCAGGCAAAACGUAUUACAUGACAUUGUAAAACACAUUUGUUGACUGAUAUGACUUCCAUUGCCAACAUAUAAAGAAUUCUAGCAGUACUGAUGAGAACGAUGCGACAAGAAGCAAUGAAAUUCUAUUUGCCUGUGAAAAUCCUCCUUUUUAUAAUCUGCGCGUUUGAAAAAAACACAAAGGGAUUAUCGUUACACCGUUCAGAUAAAGAAUUUCCACAAUUCUUCAUUGAUGAAGAYUAUUCGCUAGAUCGUCUGGGCGACAGCAUUGCCAGAAACUAUCGACCAAAUAAACCAAUAAAGCGAAAUGUUGUAACAAAAAAGGUCCAUUCGUGCGAAGCACCGGARAAUACAAACAUUGACAUAAGAAAAAGUGCAUUAUAACCAAAGACCAGUGCAAUCCUAAAACUCACAAAUACAUUCCAGAUAACUGCCAUUGUGUGUGCAAUAUAAACAGCAGUAACUGCUCUGGUGACUAUAUCUUUAAGGAUUUUCUUUGUCAAUGUGAAUGCAUCCCAUACAAACAGUGCCCAGGUAAUUUGAUAUGGAAUAAAUCUACAUGCAAGUGUGGAUGUUCACCAGGGCAAAUCGAUUAUUGUAGAAUAAAUGGUUAUACAAUUGAUCUUGUUACAUGUCAGUGCAAACAUGC